AUGUUCUUAUUCUUCUUAUACUUGCUGGUAUUUAUCGGUAGUGCGCUUGGACAGCAAAUUUACACCCACACCCACGGUCCAUCAACUCGGCCUUUCUGUCAACCAACUGCGACUAAAGCAGCACUCGAGAAAAAUCCAACUUAUAAAUAUGCACAAUUCAAGUACACCAACACCGAAACUGUCCGCACAGCAUCUCCAGUGCCAACAUUCACCUCUACACCUCGAUAUGCUCCACCAUAUGCGGAAGUAAAGCACUUACUGCCAAACAUAUCAACAACAUCAUGGGGCAGCUGGGACACCCGGUCGGCAAGACCUGCAUCGUCUCACAACGACGGUCAAUAUGGACAUUUGGCUUUUUCCAAGCUAUGGGAAGCCGCGCCUGUACCCAACUUCACGUCACGCGGGCUCUAUUCGACCACUGUUUCCCCUACUCCAGUGCCCACAGAAGAGCUUGUUCUUCCCCCGCCGUUACUAUUUGGGCCAACAGAUUGCUACUCAGUCCCGCAGGAUUUUGUCUUUGGGGUUGCUGGUUCCGCAGCUCAGAUCGAGGGAGCCAUUGCGGACGAGGGCAGGGCGCCGGCGAUACCUGAGACGUUUGCAAAUCUUCCGCCAGAGACGGCUGCCAAGCUGGGUAUCCGGGAUUUGUCGCCAAACUACAUUACUGAUGAAAACUACUAUCUCUACCGCCAAGAUAUAGAGCGGCUUGCGAGCAUCGGGAUCCGAUACUAUUCUUUCAGUAUCGCCUGGUCUCGCAUUUUGCCUUUUGCCUUCUCUGGAACACCCGUCAAUUCUCAAGGGCUGGCGCAUUAUGAUGACUUGAUCAAUUUCGCCAUUUCCAAGGGCAUCAGCCCCGUUGUUACCCUUCAUCACUUCGAUACUCCAUUACAAUUCUUCGGAGAUAACCAGACAGAGAUAUUGACCAAUGCCGGCAUUCGCUGUUAUCUUGGGACAAGCAAUCUCGGCUUUCAGCAUGACUUGUUUGAGGAUGCCUUUGUAAAUUACGGCAAAAUUGUCAUGAGCCAUUUUGCCGAUCGUGUGCCCUUCUGGUUUACUUUCAACGAACCUCAAGUUGGAACCGUCAAUGGCAUCAGCGUCGAUCAUGUUAUCAAGUCGCAUGCCAAGCUCUAUCAUUUUUAUAAGGACGAAUUGCGCGGCACCGGUAAAAUUUCCAUGAAGAUGGAGAUUCCCCCUGGUGUUCCUCUCAAUCCUUUGAACGAAUCUCAUGUGGCCGCAGCUGAACACUUCAAUGAUCUACAGCUGGGUCCAUUCUUGUACCCUCUUGCUCUUGGUCGCGAUUAUCCGUCUGCGUAUAAGAUGACGGUUCAGGAUUAUGUGCCGCUAAGUGAAGGCGAUUUAUGCAACCUCAAAGGAACUUUAGACUUCAUCGGCAUGGAUGUGUAUACGGCGCCAAUCGUCUUUCCUGUUGUAUAUGAUAUCGCUGCGUGUGCCGCUAAUAAUAAGACAAGCAACUCUUUUUACCCCAGUUGCGUUGGCAUCAGCGAGACCACUGAAAACGAUUGGCUGAUUGGGCAACCCAGCGAGAGUAUCCAGAUGUACAGCACUCCAACUUACCUGCGCACUCAGCUAUCAUAUCUUUGGAAUACUUUCCGUACUCCUGUGAUGGUGACCGAAUUUGGUCAUCCAACAAAUGGCACAGCGAACCCGCCAGAGCUCAACGCCAUCCAGUACGAUACUGUGCGUUCCGAAUAUUACGUUGCGUUCCUGGGAGAGAUUCUCAAGGCGAUCUGGGAAGACCAUAUACAUGUUCUGGGAGCAUUCAUGUGGAGUUUUGUAGACAAUUGGGAGUGGGGGAGCUUUGACUCACAGUUUGGGCUACAAUACGUUAAUCGCACAACGCAGGAAAGAACGUUUAAACGCAGCUUCUUUGACGUUGUUGACUACAUAGAGACACGAAGAGCUAGAUCUUAA